GCGCGUCGUCUGGCCGUCAUUCACUUCCUCUUUCGGCUCGCUCUCUUUCUCUCCUCUGUGAUCAUGGCUGCGCUCAAACAUUACCAGCCAUGUUUGCAAAUCUGAAACCCAAAGGUUAGCGAUUUACCCGUUUAUUAUUUACUUCGCUUACACCCUCUUCAUCAACAUUGGUCCUUUGCCGGGGGGCCACAUCCUCUGUGUCCUGUGCGAUCGACAGAUAUCAAGAUGGAAGCAAAUAACCAUUUUAACUAUGGGCCUCACUCUUCUGUGUCCGCUAACUCAGGACUGAAGCAUUCCUCAGGAGAUUCUCUCUAUACUAACGGGUCCUCCAUGAGCUUCCCCCAGCAAGGGAAAAACCUGAAUGGCGAAAUGAAUGUGAAUGGCAUCACUACUGCAGGUGGGAGCAGCCAGCCUGGCACCCUCCCUCCCUCUUCUUCUUAUCCUCAUAUGAGCAACCAUCACCUCCCAGGCAGCAUUGGAUUUGACUAUCUGUGGGGCCAGUCACAGUUCAGCCCAGCGAUGGGGCCUGUACCUCCCCACGGGUUGCACCAGAAACCAGGCUCACAACCACAGCAGCCUCAGCAGCAGCAGCACCACUUCCAGGGGCAUGGACCCUACCAAGUCAACGGCAGCAUGGGACCCUCUCGGCAGCCCCUGGGCUCUGGGUUGCAGUAUUGGGGAAGGGGUAAUCCUGGGCCGCAGCAGCAGGGGGGCUCCUCGAUGUCCAUGGGAUUUAACUCUCAUAGCAUAUAUGGGUCAUAUCCCAACCAGGCUCAUCAGAGCAUCCCAGUGUCCCAGCAUCACCAGCAGACUCCAGCCUUGCAGAACCAGUCUGCAGCAUCACAUCAUCUCCAACACCCCUCGCAUCUCCACCCACCUCAACACCAGCAGCAGCAACAACAACAACAACAGCAGCAGCAGCAUUAUACUAUAAUGCCUAAUGGAAUGCCCUUUUACCAGCAUGCACCACACCAGUCCCAACCGCAGACCCAGACCCAGUCUCAAGCCCAGGCUCAAGUGGUACAGUCUGUCGGGCAGAGCUUUACGCCUCCACAAGGAAGCCCUCAGCACCAUCAUGUGGGCAGUGGAGGAGGCAGAAGCAGUCCACACCAUGUGUCCAUCCCAAUGAGUUCCCCUUCUCCUAAGAGCAGAGAGAUGCAAGUUCACAUGAAUGAGUCCUUUAAAGAAACCGAUAAAGGCUUCAAUGGAGUUGAGAGAAGCUCUGUACCCCAGCGUCUACCCAGAACUGAAGGUUUUCCUGUAAAGGCCCCUGGUUCCUCUACUGACUUUAACCAGGGUGUGCAGCAUCCAUCUAUGGAUCUGGAAGAACCUGCACAACCACAUCAGGACAUGAGAGCUGCUCUAAAGGAGCAAAGUUCCUCCCCCAUUGCUGGACCUCCUCAACAGCUGACUAGUUCUCCUCGUAAAACAUCGACCCUCCCUCAUCAAGCUGCAUCUGGGCAAGAUUCACAUUCUUCAUCAACAGCUUUGGGUGUCUGUGCACACUUAUCCGUAACUCCUCCUUCUCCACCACCUCUGAUGGUCCAAGUCCAAAAACCAGUCUUCUCAACACCUUUAUCAGCUGAUGACACUCCUUCAGGAAUUGGUACAACUUCAACUUCGUCUUCGAAAAUCUCCAGAUCUCCACCUGCUGUUUUACAAAGCCAGUCUACGGUGAUUUCUUCUAAGACCUUGACGCAUCCUCCAACGGUGCCUCCUCAGACGGUUCCUCUAGCUGAUGCUCAGGGGUCGAAAAGUCCACAGGUCUCUGCAACACCUCUAUCUUUAGCUGCGUCUCCAUCUGUUGUCUCUACUCCUCCUGCGCUGGCAUCACUGAAAGGACCCCAGGAGGCAUCACCUCUAACAGGCCAGAGUCCUAAACAUCCUGCUGCUUCCUCAACUCCAACAUCUGUUGCUGAUAAACUCUCUCUCCCAGCCUUUUCUGCACUUCCAGUGGUUGUGUCUGGUUCUCGUCAAGGUGCCCCCUUAGCUUCUACUGCUCCUUCUCCUGCUGUUAGCUUUUCUUCUCAGGCAUCCUCUACACCGCUCAUUCUUUCUCCUGUUCCAAAUGUGUCUCAUUCCAUCGUUGGCUUUGCAGCUCAACCACCUGACUUGGUGGCAAUUGUAGGUUCACAUGGUGAGGUGCAUCACAACUUUGGGGAGUCACACUCUAGUCAGAAAACCUCAGGUAAACCUGAGGCCUGUGGUUCCCAGAGUAUAGAUGGAGUUAAAACUGGCACAUCCAAAAUGGAGUCCAAGGACGCUCAACCUGAGAUGCAUAUGGUGCAAACUCAUGGCAGGAGCCUUGAACCAGCUUUCAUUGUUCCAAAGGAACCAGUGAAAGAAACUUUGAUAAUUGUCAGAAAGGACUCUAAUAGUAUCAAAGAUCUGGUUACCCAGAGGAAAGGAGGAAACGACACUUUAAAUGACACCUUUGGCACUGAUUCGUCACUGGUCUACCCGUCCUUGGCAGAGUCAACCUACCUUGAAAGCUCAAAAGCUGAGGAAGGGAGUUCAAUGAUGGACACUUUCGAUAAUUCAUACGGUCUUUCCCAGACUGAAGACCAGUCAAAGUUUACAGAAGGAUUCAUGAUUGAUGACUCCAGAGACUUGCAGGACACUUCUUACGAAGAAGAAAACUUGAACAGCUCCAUGACCUCUGCCAGUUCAACUGAAGGGACGUCCCUCAAAGAUAGCAUGUCUCUUCUCGAAGACUCUUUUAACAACACUUCACAAAACAGCUCCUCCAUGCUUUCUACAUCUAUUAAUGCCUCUACACACUCGAUGAAAGGUGAUCAGAUUCUUGUUGAAGAGAAUGGACAAGAGUUCUCUGCAAUGACCGUUAAAGCUCUGCAGGUGGUUGUAAGUGGCUCUGUUGAAGGUACGACCACACACAUACCUGAAACUCUUAUUGUCAUGCCAACUAAAAAGCCACGGAAGCCUAGAACCCCAAAGACACCACAAGCUACUGCUGAAAUUGGCACUCCGGAUUCCAAGACCAAAAAGCGGAAGUUAACAGCUGAUGGCACCAAACCAGAGAAAGUUAGGAGGAGAAAGAAAGCCGAGGAUAAUUCAUUGACUACAGUUAAGAAGAGGAAAGUCUCUAAAGAAGCAAUGGGCCUCCCAAGUGAUACCUCAACACCUUCAAGUUUUCCUCCUCUCCUCGAUCCAAAGGUCCUUAUCCAUGACUCCAAUCUGAUCAAUAAUGAGAGCCUGAUAACCCAACCCAAAAGAAUCUGGAAACGCAAGAUGAAAGAAGGCGUGAAUGAGGCAAAAUCUCCCAAGCAAGGCCAAGCUGAAGAUGAUGAUGGAGACGAUAAAAGCUCCACAGCAGGAGACACCCCUAGACGCCGGAUUGCAAGUGAAGAGCAAGUCCAGUUUCCUUUGGCACAUGGCUGGAAGCGGGAGAUCAGAGUUCGUAGACUUGAGGACCGCCUGAAAGGGGAGACAUGGUACUACAGCCCCUGCGGCCGAAGGAUGAAGCAGUUCCCUGAGGUCAUCAAGUAUCUGAAAAGGUAUCAUGAGAAUCUCCAGGGUGUUUCCAGGGAGCACUUCAGCUUCAGUCCACGCAUGCCAGUGGGUGACUUCUAUGAGGAGCGGGAAACUCCUGAGGGUAAGAAAUGGUUUCAGCUUGCCAAUGAGGAAGUGCCCUCGAUGAUCAUGGCGAUAACCGGCAGACGAGGUCGUCCCCCAAAUCCAGACAAAGAGCCUCGUUCCACUGGUCGUCGGGCCAAAGGCCAAGGUAGACGACCGGGUCGACCUCCCAAGGUCAAGAUGGAGGAUCUGCUCAGCAAAGUUGAUGCCAGGCUGCUGAAGAAACUGGAGGCCAAGGAGGAUCUCACAGAGGAAGAGAAAGAAAAGCUGGCCAAGAUCAAGAAGAAAAUGAAGAGAAAGGCAAGAAUGAAAAGAAAGGAAGAUGCAAAGAAUAAGAAGAUGCGGCUGGAGAAACGAAAGGCUAAAUUGGAGAAAUCCAAAGAGCAGGGACUGGAUAAUGGGGACCUCUCACUGCCAUUCAGCCAGUCGUCUGAAAGCACCCUGUCGGCUUCAGAGGGGCCCAAGAAGCCCGGGCGCAGGAGGAAGGUUGUAGUACCUGCAGCAGAAACCUUCGACCCGGAGCAGGCCAGCCCAAUCAAAACUGUGGCCCGAGCCCGCAGCAAGGCUAAGGCUUUGGCAAAGGCCCAGGCACAAGCGGAGGCAGAGGCACGGGCUGCACUGGCGGCAAAGAGAGCGGCGGAGAGGAGAGCACAGGCUCAGAGACGUAUGGAGGAGAGGAAGAAACAGCAGAUGCUCUUAGAGGAGAUGAAGAAGCCUGCAGAGGACAUGUGUCUACCCGACCACACGCCUCUGCCUCCACUAACACGGAUACCAGGACUGAAGCUCUCGGGUUUGGCUUUCUCUAAUUGUUUACGGGUGGUUGAGUUCCUCCAUGGCUAUGGCAAGAUUCUGGGACUUCAGGUGCCCAAGGACAUCCCCAGUCUUAUUACCCUGCAGGAGGGGCUUCUGGGCAUGGAAAAGAGCCAGGGUGAACUGCUGGAUCUGCUCAUCAAACUGGUGGAGUCCGCGCUGCAUGAUCCUGGACUGCCCUCGUAUUAUCAGUCUGUAAAGAUCCUAGGAGAGAAGCUGGUGGAUCUUGAGCUGAAUCACAGCACAGUGUCUGAGGUGCUGCGGGUCUUUCUGGAAGCCCAUGGUUUUGAGAUGGAAGUCUGUAACAGCCUCCGUACAAAGAGCUUUCAGACCCUCAAACCCGACGUCAAAGCCUCCAUUCUGGCCUUUGUGGUGGAGGAGCUCAACGCCAGCAACAUUGUAACCAGGGAGAUUGAUAACACUCUAGAGAACAUGGCCACCUACAGGAAAAACAAGUGGAUUAUCGAAGGCAAAUUACGCAAACUGAAGGCUGCACUGGUGCGCAAGACGGGUCGUCCUGAGGAGGAGCUGGUCUUUGAGGAGCGUCGGCGCAGUGCUCGCGUUGGAGUAGCAGAGGAGGAGAGUAUUGAAGAGAGCUGUGUGCUGGAGCGAGGGAGUCGACGCAAGGCCAAAGAGGAGCCCAAACACACUGAGAUUGAGAGUCCUAAUACCUGCAGUGUUGCUGAGCUGGAGCGCCAGAUUGAUAAACUAACCAAGCGUCAGGUGUUUUUCCGCAAGAAGCUGCAGCAGUCGUCUCAUUCUAUGCGAGCCGUGUCUCUCGGACAGGACCGGUACCGCCGCAGGUACCUCCUGCUUCCAUACAUGGGAUGUAUCCUAGUGGAGGGAGCAGAGGAUAUCUUGGCGUCAGGUGAAGUGACAGUCACUGAUGAACCUGUGACUUACGUGAAGGUCAUAACUCCAGCAAAAGCUGAGGUUAAAGCGGAACCUCCACUGUCUCCUGGCUUCUGCACAUCGUCUUCUCCUCAAGGGUCUCGGCUUUCCCUCACAGAUCUGGAUGCUCUUCCUGGCGAGGCGUCUCUGAUGAGCACCCCCAGAGGACGGGGGCGUCCACGGAAGAUCAAACCGGAGGUUGAGCUUCAUCUGCGCACCGCCAAGAACCGCCGGCGCCGCCGCAGCAGCAGAUCGGCAGGUGAAGAUUCAGGCCUGAGUUCUCCGUUGCAGGAUCUCCCUCUACCUGCUCUCCAGGCCUCCGUGAAGCAACCGCAGGAUGACGAGGCUGACGCUAGUGCACCGAUCGUAGCCUCUGGAGCCGGUCAGGGUGAAGACAACAGCCAGCCGGAGGACAGCAUGCGGGAGCAGGCAGAGAAACGAGGCCAGUGGUUCAAUCUGUUGCCUAAAGAGCCGUGUGAUGAAACGUCCCUCUCUCAGCCAUGUGAAAACACACCUGCAUCCGCUGACGGCGCUCCAGCACCCGUCAAUGGUGACCUGCUGACCGCAGAUCCAGCACAGCCCCUGAAACAAGAGGUUACAACAGAAGCACUUCCUCUUACAUUUCCACUUCCGGUUUCUGUUCCCGUUCCUCUGUCGAGCUCUGCCCCGGCUCCUCGUGGCAGACGGCGCAGGAGAGGCAGCGGGCCCUCCCGAGUGCACUCUAGAACCGGCACGGCCAAACGGCGUGGCAGACCUCCCUCCAAACUCUUCCAGGAGGUCCAGCUCAAGUACUUCACUCAACUGGUGGUCCGACCUAUUCCGUUAGAGAUGGUGAAGGGCUGGUGGUGGAUCAGAGAACCAGAGGAGCUGACGGCCAUUCUGAGCGCUCUUCACCCGCGGGGCAUUCGAGAGAAGAUGCUUCACAAACACCUCAGUAAACACAUGGAGUAUCUAGCCGAGGUCUGCACACGCUCUGUAAACGAUCCGAUCUUCCAGAUGAAGGUGGAGGACGGGGAUGCCCUGCAGGAGGUGAGUAAGCAGGAGUGGCAGGAGCAGGAGCGGGUGCUGCAGCUGGACAUCAGUGUUCUCCAGUGGGUGGAGGACCUGGAGCAGAGGGUGGUCGGUGCAGACCUGCAGCUCAAGGUGGCUAUUCCCAAUGCAGAGAAUGAAACUGAAGCUGGUCAGGAAUCAUCAAACACACAGUUUCAGAUCUUUACUCCUCCAGAACCAGACUCCACACGAGAAGACCUUCAGUAUUACGAGCAUGAGGUCGACCCUCGGGACGACUGGAUCGUCAAGACCAAGAAGGAAUGGUCAGACCUGCUGCGAGUUCCUAGCAACCCCCUGGACCUGGCCAUCCUCCGGCUCGCUAACCUGGAGCGUAACAUCGAGCGGCGCUUUCUGAAGGAGCCGCUGUGGAAUGCAGCAGAUGUGGUGCGUCUGGCACCUCUCACCCCUCCACCUGGCGGAGAGGAGGUCCCGCUUGAUGCUGUCAGUUUGGAGAGUGAGAUCACACCCAGGUUGAGGACGUGGCGUCAGGGUCUGGACCGCUGUCGCAGCUCGUCUCAGCUCUCUCUCUGUCUGCUGCAGCUGGAGAAGGCCAUUGCCUGGGAGAGAUCCAUCAUUAAAGUGACUUGUCAGGUGUGUCGUAAGGGUGAUGAUGAUGAGUAUCUGCUGUUGUGUGACGGCUGUGAUCGUGGGUGUCACAUGUUCUGCCUGAGGCCGAAGGUCCUCCAGGUGCCAGAUGGCGAUUGGUUCUGUCCCAACUGCGUUGCCAAGAAAACGGGUGAAUCUCCAAGAUCUCAGCGCUCGUCACGCCAGAGGUCGAAGGUGCGCAAGCGGCGUCUGGGAGAGGACAGUUCGGAUGAGGAGGAAGGCUUCAGACGGAGCAUGACCACCCGACAGAAGGAGACUCCAGCUCCCUCCAGCAGCAGCAGCAGCACCAGCAUCUCUCCCUCCAAACGCAGACGGAUGACCACACGAAACCAGCCUGACCUCACAUACUGCGAGAUCAUUCUGAUGGAAAUGGAGGCUCACUCAGACGCCUGGCCUUUCCUGGAGCCGGUCAAUCCUCGCAUGGUGCCGGGAUACAGACGCAUCAUCAAAAACCCCAUGGACUUCCUCACUAUGAGGGAACGACUUCUGCAGGGAGGGUACUGCAGCUGCGAGGAGUUUGCGGCCGACGCUCAGCUGGUCUUCAAUAACUGCGAGCUUUUCAACGAGGACACGUCUGAGGUGGGCCAGGCCGGACAUGCCAUGCGCCGCUUCUUCGAGAGCCGCUGGGCGGAGUUUUACGACAACAAAGACAAAUAGAAACGCUGCCGUCUGCUGUACGGGAGGACCCAUUGGAAAGCCACGCCCCCUCGAUGCUCAUUACUACUAAAACAAACUCUGUGGAGAGCCUCUGUAUGCAUACACCUGUAGAUAUAUGUAUAGAUCUGUUCUGUUCAUUUUACAAGUAUCUGUUUGGGUUGUUUCUUUAUCACCUGGUGUUACGGCGUACAAACUUCUGCUCUUUAAUUCAGUUCAUCCGUCGCUCCUUUGGGGUACUUCUUCAGGACUUGAUCGGGUCACACUUGAUGUCACGUGUCGCGGACACACUACUCUUUCAGGACGUUUCAAGCAUUUUACUCAAAGCCUUCUGCUCCGUAAUGUAUAGGUCACGGACCGCCUGUGUUCCCUUGAUUUAAAAAUGUAACGUAACCGUGCUUUCGAGACUAGAAGCAAUUUCCUCAGUAUAUUUUUUAUUAUAUGCUAUAUAUACACACAGUUAAAGACAGAAAAAAAAUAGAUGGGAUUAUUUAAUAGCAAUAGACUGUAGUGAAACUGUACAGACCACGUCGUAGAGAGAUGUAUAGGUGACUCAUGAAAUGGCCAGUAAACCUUCUAUAUCACGAGUAACUCAUCACGUCUUUUGCUUGUAGAAUAUUGGUCUCAUCAGCUGGAGGAUUGCCAUUGUUUACUAGGCUUUUCCUUUCCGUCAUCUUCCCGAAAACCCAGAAAAUCAGUGUUUGUUCAUGAUGAAAUCUGUGGAAGCUGGUUCUGAUGUGGGAGAGAACAAGAUUAGAAGGUAAUUGAACCAUUUUACCAUGCAAGUGUGUUUCUGAAAGCUGAGAGGUUGAGAGUUUCACGUUUAAAUCUAUUUUCUUUUAUUUAAUUGUAUUUGAAGAGUUCAGAGGCAAAAGCAUCUAAAUGCCAUCAGAAAUUGUGUUUUAAAAUGAGCAUUUUCUGUGUGUAGGUUCAGGUUUUUCACUUUUUGUGAUGAAAAUGUUAUUUUUACUCUUAGGUAAAAUAACAGUAUUAAAAACAACAAAAAUGCUAAUUUUACAUGAAUUUCAGAUGGAAUUUCGAGGUUUUUACGUCUGAAAUCUUCAUUUGUAAUUGCGAAUGUUUGAUUUCUGGAUUUUUCUUGCUAUCAUGACACAAUUUUAACCUGCUUGAGUUUAUAUUGCUCAAUUUUGACUGAAAAGUUAACUAUUGCUUGCAAUUUAAACAAUUUUUUGCAACUACAGUUUUAUAGACUCUCCCGUUUGACGUCAUUGAAAGAUUUUUGACUAUUUCAGAGUUUCCAGUUGACUUGUAAAUUGAGAUUUUUCUUGCACAAUAGCUAAAUCUUUGUUGUUGUUUUUUUUCUCUGAAUUGUGAUUCGUUCUUGCAGUUGAGUUUAUAGGCUUCUAAGAUGCUUAAGUUUAACAUAUUUCUUGCAGUUCCUGAAAAUAAAAGUCUGAAUCAUACAAACAUACAAUUCUGAGAGUAAAAACCACUUGAUAAUUCGCAAUUGCCUUUUAAAUGCUUUUCUUUGCCAUAUCCGAAUCGAUUCCACAGAGAUCUGACGUAACGCCAACAACAGGAUUGUUUUAACUUUUGCAACAGAAGGCCGGUUUUAACUUUCUUGUUUUUAAGCUCUGCUAGCUUAGAUGGCCGUCUUCAAAGCUUUCGCUUGGUGUAUGACUGUUGUCUGUGGGGGAAACUAAACUUUAGACCGUAUUGAUAUUAAAAUGCAAAGGGUAUAUUCGUUUUAUGGCGGUGUAGGUUUGUUUAGCGACACUUAUUCACUGGAACAAUAUCUUCGCUGUCUCUUCAGUACGAUUAAUCAGGUUUGCUCUUGGUUUUCAUGACAUGGCUUUCUGAAACCCUUACAUCCUCAAAUGUUUCUGUGUUUUAAUGAAUACGUUUGUGUUUGAACCUGGACCAAUUCUCUCAAAAGGACUUUAUUUUUACACUUGUAUGCUUCGUCUAAUAAAAAUGCCUUUCAUCAUUACUAGUUUAACGGAGAAAUCUGAACAUUUGUAUCAUCGUUCCCCUUUACAUGUUCGCAGUUGUUUUUCGAUCAACAGCAGGAUCCUAUAGCACUGAGUAGAGGAGCACACAUUCAUUCACGUUCAUGUUUCCAUACACAGUAAGUAGUGUCAUUCACUCUGUUCCUCGUCAAUCUAAAGGGACAUAUUUGCUUUAUUAUUUUUUUUGUUCAGAAAGAAAAACCUGAAGACAGUACUAGAACAUUCAACCAAAUGUGGUGUUUAGUGAAUUUUUAAUAAUGUACAGUUUUUGUGACUUUAAAUUUGUUCCUUUCUAUAUUUUUAGGACCAAUAUAUCGUUUUUAAGAGGCGACAUUAAAUGACCAUGUUGUUUCAAGGUAAUGUAACACACGUGCAUCUGUAGAAUGUACUGUAAGCGGAAAUAAAACCACAUCUAGUAGACGAAAACCUGGCCUCUUUAAUGAUCAUCAUCAACUGUUCUGUGUAUUUAAUAUGACACCAGCAUGUGCUAAACAUAUCAGCACGGCUACAGAUGUUCAACAACUGAUGAAUAAAAGGCUUGGUAUCAAUUCAAUUAAAUAAAAGCUAAAAAAA